UAAAUUUGAAAAAUUGUAAAUUAAUAAAUUUGCCACAACCUAAAAAUCAAAAUGAAGAAAGGAAUACGAAAUUACAUUUUGUCGUGAUUAAAGUGUUAAAUCUAACAAUACAAGAACGAAACAGGCGAACGAACUCAGGUAAACAAUCGGAGCGCGUUCUUUAAGUCCGUUGACACUUGACCAGUUAUGACGCUGUCAUCCAAUUGGGAACUUGAACGUGACCAGGUGACAUCCACGUUUAUGCCCUUCGUUCCGAGCAUGCUAUUGAGUUUGCAUUCCUGGUUUUGGGGGAAAGUCCGCAACCCACCGGCCGCCAAUGCAGGGCUAUGAGAACGAAGGCUUCUGCGGCCGGAGCCUGUGGCUGCUUGGCUGUCUGAGAGACCCAGGCACAGGUGCCAACGUUUCGGCCGCGAUUCUGUGACCUUCCUCGGAACGAACUGUGCAUUUCGCCCGUUGGCAUCUGUGCCUAGCACGCGGCGCCUUCCGGACAACCAAGCCACCAAUGCAUGGUGUUAAUCUACGGCCAAGCAGCUACGGAUGUCGGGGGAAGUCGCUGGUGCUCGCAGGAGCGCCGGGCUUCCCAGGCGGGAAAGUAGCUCGUGCGGGUGCGGUUUGACAGGCUUCAAUAGUGGGUACAUCGUCAGUCGCGAAAAUUUGUGUGUGUCUUGUUUUUUUCUUCCGGAGAGCUUAUUAUUGAGAGUUAUUGGCAAUCGUCUCCCUAAGUUUUGCAACUGGGCGCUCUAUAGGUGUUAUUUGAAGGGUUUCUUGCAAGGUCUGGAAAGCGAAUCUAAUAACUCUCAUCUGGUUACUGACAAUUUCGCGGUAUCGAAUUCCAUAGAAAUCGGGAAAUCUCCUCUCCUGUAGAACCUUCUGAAUGAAGUUGGGUAUUUUGGAGGCCGUGGUGAAUAAGCGCCUGCUCUCGGCGGACCACGAACUACUACAUCCUUCUGGAGAGACUGGAGAGAAAAUCCUGGAACUAUUCUUGGUGGAUUCCGUUGUUUUAUAUGACUAGAAUGUCUUCUUAAUCGUUGACAGAUUUCCUGUCCAUUCACCAUUGAAGAUGUUAAAAUUUGCGUCUAAAACUUGUUGUAAAUUAGAAAGUCAGCAAAAUUAUACAAAUUUCGAAUCCACCACACACUCGCAGGAUUCACGAAUUUAGUUUAAAAAUACUAUUGAUUAUGCCUGGCGUUAACGUCUGGGAAACUAGAGCAACUCCGUGAUGUUGCCAAGCAACAAUCAACAAACCACCUUGUAGCGAUUAAAUCACAUUUGUCGCCACGUUAAAACAUCAUUCUUCUUGCCAUGAAAGCCACAAUUAUUUUAAUCAGCGCAUUUUCGGUACUUUUUAUCGUCGUUCCUCGUUAGAUUAUAAAGUAUGUACAAUUUCAGAAUACAAUUUAUAGUAUUUGUGGCUUAAUGUAUACUGAAAACGCCUGUGCGAAAAUGGUAGUAUAGGUUGAACCUCGUGAACAUACACUUGUUUUGCGUGUGUAAGAUAUGUCUUUCGUUUGAGCCAUAUUUUUAUAUUUUGAAUUGGAGGUUUGAAAUAUACGUACUUUUAUCUUCUAAUUUGUACUAAUACAUUUCCUUUCCCAAUUGGCUUCAAAUAUUUUUAAUGCCAAUGCUGAUUAAAGACAAACGAUUCAUAUCAGCAGCAUAAAUGGGCUUGUUAGCACUGCCUUGUUUAUCAUAAUAUCUUUCAAUCUUUACCUCUUGUCAACAAACACAUCAGUUUUGUUCACCUAUACUAAGACACUCCUAAUGUAUGUAUACAUCAGGACAAUCUGGGAUGUUCUCUUGCAAGUGCUUUUUACGUCUGGAAAAAAAUUGAAGGUGCAUCAAAUUAUUUUUGAUUCCACUUCAAGACUUUUGAAUUCUUGAAAAUACUUCACAAGAGUUAUUCAUGGAGAGUUUAAUUUACAAAGAAAAUGUUAGCAGACUUCCACCUCUCUCGCACAGAAAGAGGACAAAGAUAUCAUCAGCAGCAAAUAUUAAAUCACCAACCAAUAAAAUGUAUGAUUCUCUGGAAAUACCCCAUGACUCUUGCAGAAAUUCAAAAAGUUCUGGUAGUAGGUCAUACGUUAGAAGCAACAUAAAUUAUAACACUCCAAACCCUUCUUCUCCAAAUGCAGACGAGUCAUGCCAGCACCUCAGUUAUGUCAUUUUACAACAGCUAGCUUCUACUGAACAUCAGAAUGCUCUUAUACAUGACAAACUUGUAUACAAUGAACAAAAAAUGGGCUCUGUUGUAGAAGAAGUCUCUCGUUUAAAAAAAAAGAUUUCAGAUUUGGAAGAAAUGCUUCAAAUACAGUCUGAGAAGAAUUGUUGCUGUUCUUCUGGUAAUGGAUGUAAACAACUACAGGAAAAAUGUAAUCAGGAUAAUCAAGUGUCAGUGUGGACAUCAGAUUCCUCAAUGCCAUCUAAUUCUUCCAUUGAUUUUGGUAAGUUACUUCAGGCAGUGCAAGAAUUAAAUUUAAUUGCUGGUCAAGGCGAAUCUAAAAUGUGUUAUACAAAAAGUGGAGCCACCUUUCAAAGAUCAGCUGGCAUCCCACUAACUCUGUAUGCUAAUGGGCUAAUCUUAAACAAUGGAUCUUACCGGUCAUAUGAUGAUGAUAGUACUCAACAAUUCCUUCAAGAUAUAUUAGAUGGAUAUUUUCCAUCAGAAUUCCAGAAUGACUAUCCUGAUGGUGUGCCUCUUCAUUGUUCUGUAAAUAUAUCACUUAAGAAAAAAUGGGAUAUUUUAUUUAUUUCUGAACUUUUCGAUUCACAUUUCUUUUCUUUUAGAAAAAAUUCAGUAAUUCAAGAAAAUAGUCUUAUCCUGUCAAUUUUUUUCUUAUAUAAUCACUUCAAAUUGAAAAAUAAAUUUGAAUUAAACAUUGUGGUUCAUAAUUGUUAUAUUCAAAUAACCUGUAUUUUUGAUUUUUGG